CCACCCUGUCGUGCUGCCAUGGCCGUCACCGUCCGCCCAGCCACUGAGGAUGACCUGCCCCAGAUCCGGGCGAUCUUCGAGCACUACGUGCUGAACACGGUGGUGUCGUUCCUGGUCCAGCAGCCGCCGCCGAACUACGUCGCCUCGCGGUUCGAGGAUAGCCGCGCGCGCCAGCUUCCGUACCUCGUGGCCGUCAACGACGACGACGACCACCAGGGCCGGGUGGUGGGCUACGCGUACGCGUCGGCCUUUCGCGGGUUCAUGCUGGGGUACGGACACACGGUCGAGAUCAGCCUCUUCUGCCACCCGCGGCACACGAACCGGGGCGUCGGGAGCCAGAUGGUCGCGCGGCUGCUCGAGGCGCUCCGCACGACCAAACACCUCACGCGGGAGGUCGGGCACGAGGACAGCCCCGUCGAGGCGGACGUGCGGAAGGUCAUGGCGAUCAUGGCCGUCGACGAGACCGCGCCGGGCCAGGGCCUGGCGCUGCGCGACUGGUACAAGAGAUGGGGGUUCAUCGAGGUGGGCAGGCUGCAGGGCGUUGGGUUCAAGAAGGACAGAGUACUUGACACCAUAUAUCUGGAACUGCAUCUGCAGUGACGGACGGGACCUGGUCAUCGAUAGAGAUUGGGUUUGGCCCCUUGACCUCAUGCCCACCGAGGAGAAAGCGAUUUUCGCUUCAAGCCAUGGCCAUGGGCACUUGGACUGUCUUGUCCAGAUUAUACAGUAGGGGGUUUCUUGAUUUAGGUGGUUGACUUUCUACUAGAUUUCGUGCUAAAUUCAUCCAUAUUCUCCAUUCUG